GAUAGUAAAAAAUUUACCAAUGCAAUGAUAGAGGACGUGAAAUUUAUGACAAUAUAUUGCAAAUUCGGUGCAACAGCACAAAUAAAGUUUCUUGAAGGAAAAUAUCCUUUCCAUCCAAUAUAUUCAAGAGAUCUUUAUGCUGUCAUACAAAAGUUUCAACCUACUAAAAAAUCAUUAUCAAAUGAUAUUGCAAAAGUUUCGGAUUGGCUUGACUUACAAAAAGAAAAGGAUUCGCGUUGGACAAAGAUAUCUUGGGCACAUUGUUAUACCGCUUUUAAAUUUACGGGAGGUAUGAUAGCUACCUCUCAGAUAGAAUCCAUGAACGCAUGCUUAAAAAGACCUACGAUGUUAAAAAUUCAUCGUGAUGAGAUAAACCAGUCACUAUAUUAUAUAGCAAAUUUAGUAAAUCAAGAAGAAGCCAAUGAAAAAUUUCCAAAUGAAGUCUCAAAUAAAGCAGAGGCCAUCGAUCUAUUACAAGUUACCUUAGAACAGAUGAUUAAAUUCGUUAGAUACCAUAAUAUUACAGAAAUAUGUAAAGAAUUAGAUGGAUCAAAGGAGCCUUUUUUGGUUGCUGACAAAUUUUUGCAAGAAAACAAAAAUAUAACAUCUAGUCAUAAUGGAUCGGUGUUAUUUUUGAGCAAUUUUGAUCAAACUGGAAAGGAUAUUUAUGAAGAAAGAUUAGGAGUUCUUGAACGAAAGUUAAUAUAUGGCAAAUUGCAUGGGAUAUACAAAAAAGCAUUACAGAAAGCAUUACAGAAUAAUCAUAAAAUGCAACAGCUUAUUGACCUACUCCAAGAAUUUACUGAAGAAGAAGAUAGCAAUAACUUAUCAGACCUGGAAGAAGUUUUACAAGAUAAUAAUACCAGCGAUAAAGAAAAUGAAGAUCCUGCAAUGGUUACAUUAUAA